AUGUCAUCCAUAAUACCACAAGAGACUCCAACAAAAGGAUUAACUGGAAGAAUAUCUGGAUUAGAUAUGUCAAACGCGUCUGGAAAAUCAUUAACAGAUAGAUUAGCAGCUGAAGCUUUAGCAAAAGAUGAAGCUCAAACUAAUAUACAUGAUGUCAAAGCAUCUUUAAAUAAACCAACCACAACCACCACCACAGAAGAAAACAAAAAUGAUAAAGUUGAAGCUGAAUUAAAACAAAUGGAUGCUGAACAUGAAAAUUUUUUAAAAACUCAUAAAGUCCAUAGACAUGAAUUAAAAGAAUUAGAAGCAGAAGAACCAUUAUUAAAAGAAAAUAAACGUCGUUAUGUUAUGUUUCCAAUUAGAUAUCAUGAAAUAUGGCAAAUGUAUAAAAAAGCAGAAGCUUCAUUUUGGACAGCAGAAGAAAUUGAUUUAGGAAAAGAUUUACAUGAUUGGAAAUUUAAAUUAAAUGAAAAUGAAAGAUAUUUUAUUUCAAGAAUUUUAGCAUUUUUUGCUGCUUCUGAUGGUAUUGUAAAUGAAAAUUUAGUUGAAAAUUUUUCAGCAGAAGUUCAAAUUCCUGAAGCAAAAUCAUUUUAUGGUUUCCAAAUUAUGAUGGAAAAUAUUCAUUCUGAAACUUAUUCUUUAUUAAUUGAAACUUAUAUAAAAGAUCCAAAAGAAGCUGAUUUUUUAUUUAAUGCAAUUGAUAAUAUUCCUCAAAUUAAAAAAAAAGCAGAUUGGGCUAUAAGAUGGAUUCAAGAUGAUGAUGCAUUAUUUGCUGAAAGAUUAGUUGCAUUUGCUGCUGUUGAAGGUAUAUUUUUUAGUGGUUCAUUUGCUUCAAUUUUUUGGUUAAAAAAAAGAGGUUUAAUGCCUGGUUUAACUUUUUCAAAUGAAUUAAUUUGUAGAGAUGAAGGUUUACAUACUGAUUUUGCUUGUUUAUUAUUUGCUCAUUUACAAAAUAGACCAAAACCAGAAAUUGUAGAAAGAAUUAUUACAGAAGCUGUAAAAAUUGAAAAAGAAUUUUUUACUGAUGCUUUACCUGUAAGUUUAUUAGGUAUGAAUUGUAAAUUAAUGUGUCAAUAUGUUGAAUUUGUUGCCGAUAGAUUAUUAAUUGCCUUAGGUAAUAAAAAAGUUUACAAUGUUACUAAUCCCUUUGAUUUUAUGGAGUCGAUUUCCCUCGCGGGAAAGACGAACUUCUUUGAAAAAAGGGUAUCAGAUUAUCAAAAAUCUGGAGUUAUGUCAUCAGCUCAAGAUAAAGAAGCUGAUGUUUUUGCUUUCAACGAAGACUUCUGA